AUGACUCAACUUCUAGACAACCUCAACAGUGAAGUAGAGCUCAUGGAUGCUGCUGGCAGCUCAAGUCUUGGUUCUCUUGUCCUGGAGGCAGAGUCCAUGUUAGAUCUGCUCCGAGAUUUGGAGUCCACGCUUGAGAAGGAGACUGAGGAUGCGGAGACAAGUUCAAUAUUUACAACCAAGCUUGAUAAUCUGACGAGUUCAUGGUACAAGAAUUCAAUUGGCCAUUUGAAAAGCUAUAAUUCACAAAUUAAUAAGUUUUACAAGAAUAUAGUCAACAGCCACAAGUACAAAGUGGACUUGGAUAACGCUUAUCCUUUCCCCCUCCUUUUGAAUUCAUUUCCGGUAAAGGAAGUGACUAAGAAAGAAAGGGAAGAGAUGUCCCAAAAUGACCUCGAUGCUGUGCUAAGGCUGGACAAUAGACAACAUCUAAUGAAGGCAAUCAUAUUACAUCUUCUCAAGAUUGGACAGGGUAACGCGGUAGAAAUGCUACUAGCUGAAAUUGGUGAGUCUGAAAUUGAUCAGGAUAAGAUCAAGAAAUUCCGAAAAUUGAGAGUCAUGGUGGAGGAUGUAAGAGAGCGCCAUGACCUUUCGAGUGUACUCGAGUGGUACGAGGAAAGAUACCGCAUCGGUGAACCCCUUGAGAACGACGAUAUCUCGUUCAGGUUCCAUAUACUUCAGUUUGCAUUGAUUCUCACAGGUCUAGUGAAGGCUGACAGUCCAGACCUUAUCAACCCCUCAUAUGCUGGCUUGUUAUUUGCCAAAAAGCAUUUAACCCGAUUUUUUAAAGACUUUGCCAAUUUGAUGGGACGUAUAAGUGCAUUGCUUGUCCAUACGCCUCCCGAAUAUCGUAAAGGUGGUUUUUAUGACGAGCAUGCUGAGCGAGACUUUUUUGAUCUGGUCGCUCAAGAAUUCAUCGACAGUGCCAGUCGAGAGGUUUAUCUGCAUCGGAAUUUCAAGUUUGUAAAGGAAGUUCUCCUUGGCUUUGACCAGCUUCAGCACAAUCACCUGCUUUUUGAGAAUCUCGCGAAUGGAUUUGUCUCUGAAUUCUGCUCGACGAUGCAACUAUCUAGUGAGCUGUCCUUGUUUCAGAGCAUAUUAGCUGGUUUCAUCAAUAUCCCCAACUUUUACAAGUACAACAACCUUCAAAGAAGGCUCAAUCGUAAUUCCCGCGCUGGCGUUGCCAAUGGAGAUGCUAAGGAGGACAUCACCAUUACUCAGUCAUUUAAGCAGGAUCUACCGUUCCAGUUGCCCGAUACAAACAGAUUUUUGUUCAACUACCAUCCUAUUUUCAUUUGUCCUGUUUCUAAGGAGCAGCUAGUACCACUCACAACUGUCGCCAAAAUUUCCGAGGAAGAUACUUUGGACCCCAAGAAGAAGUUUACGCUCGUGUCACCUACACAGAAGUUGGUACCGAUGAGUAAUCCAGUGGUUGUAUUUAACCACUGUAGGCACUUGGCGCUCAAGGACAGUGUCAAGCACCUCUCACGGGGAGGAUCGGAGGUAUUCAAAUGCCACUACUGCUACAAAAAGCAUAAGCUACUGGAUGUUAGCGACGCCUAUUUCAUAGACUUGUAA